AUGUUCCGCCAACUCGCCACCAAGCCUCUCUCCACCGCCAGCCGUGCUGCUCCUAGCCGGUGCUUCUCCACUGCCGUCCCCAGGUUGGCCGACGGCGACACUGGAGCUCCCCGGGCCUCCGGAAACGUCCACGGUGACCAAUUUACCCGUCGCGAGGCUGCUGCGGAGUCGCUGUACAUCAGGGAGAAGGAAUUGGAUAAACUCCGUGCUCUCAAGAAGAAGCUCGCCGAGCAGCGCAAGCACCUGGAUGAAUUGGACAGACACAUUGACGAGUUGACCAAGGAGCAGGGUGGUGAGAAGCACUAG